CACAACACCGGAAGUGCCGCUGCUUCUGUUUGCGCUCGCGGUGUCUCCCUGCAGCGUCUCCCAGCGCUUUAGUGCGGCGUCGCUGGUCUGAGCCGAGCGCGGUCACACCUGGGGGGACCGAGGCGAGCAGUUUGGCGACUGAAGCAGCACCGACAGCUCUAGAUUUAAUCACUUGAGGAAUGUGGUUUCAUUAGGAAGGUUGCCCAGACCUGGAAGUUUGCAGUAAUUUCAACUUCAAGUUUACUUUCACCAACUUUCGAAGCAGAAAAGAUAUCAUGGCUACAGGCGGGUUUAAGUCAAACGCGGCCACUGACUUUUUGGAGGAGUGGAAGGCAAAACGGGAGAAAAUGAGGGCCAAAAUGUUGGGGGACAUUGCAGCAGCCACUGGAAUAGUCCCCCUGAGCCCCACCAGCAGCAACAGCCGCUUGGGUGCUCCGCCGGGCACCGAGCUCAGCAGCUCCUCCGCUGGGAACUUCCGGACCUCUCCCUCCGGCGGCGCGCUGAACAGAGCCGAGGAAGAGGCGCACCAAGCGGCCGCACCCGCAGCCGCCACCCAGGGGAGCAACCUGAAGACGGCCCCGCCUCAGACAGAGAAGGCUCGGUGCGCUUCGCCGGACUCCAGCUCGAUGAUGGCGUGCAAUGACAGUGACAAGGACUAUCCGUCACCAUCUCCCAGCAAGGGGAAAGAGAAGAAAAACUCAGGUCCCAGUGCAAGGAAGGGGAAAGGACAGAUCGAGAAGAGGAAGUUAAGGGAAAAGAGGAGAUCAACAGGUGUUGUCAGCAUACCGUCCAAUGAGAGUCUGGAUGAGCUGGAUGACGAUGAUACUGGAGAGAAAGACAGAAGGGAGGAAGAGGAUCUGGUUCAGGCCAACACAUUCCAGAAUGAGUCUCUGACAGCUGACCCGGCCACCGGCGACCUACUGGAAACCCCGAGAGCUGGAUCUGGACUUUAUAAGAGCUCUGCAAGACAGGCGAGUGAAGAGGAGGACGGUGGGAACAGCAGACAGCGAGAAAACCGCCACAGCAGAGAGGGUGGGGGUGGAAGUCUGGAGAAGAGGGUGGAGGAGCUGGAGAGGGAGCUGGCCUUUGUGCUACAGGAACAAUCCAGGUUGCUGAAGACCCUGCAAGACAAAGAUGAGGUCAUUGAGAAGCAGAAGGAGGAAAUCGAAUUGCUGAACCUGGACCUGGAUGAGAUUGAAGAUGAGAAUGAGCAGCUCAAACAGGAGAACAAGACUCUGCUGAAAGUGGUGGGACAGCUAACAAGGUAGAGCUGCUCUGAGCGGCCCAGACACGGAGCAGCGACCAGACCUAUCUCCCUGGCGUCCUGCUGGAGGUCAAGUCCUGCAGCGUGGCCUUAUAUCUGUUUUCAUUUGGUGUAGAUUUAAUUUAGCUUCUCAUUCGAGUUGGACUCUGGUUAUUUGCCUCUUUUUUUCAAUGUAUCCCUCUAUAAAUUUUGGAAUGUUUUGUACCCAACUUUUGUAAGUACAGAAUGGAGCCAAUCGGAUGUUUCAUGCCAACUUUGUCAAUUCAUACCUGACAGGAAGAGUUUAAAAUCCUUUUCUAGAAUCCUAAUGCUAAUGAAGUAGGGACGUUGUGUAAAUGUAAAUAAAAACAGAAUACAAUGAUUUGCAAAUACUGUUUAACCUAUAUGAAGUUGAAUACACUAUAAAGACAACAUAUUUAAUGUUCAAACUGAUCAACUUUUAUUUUAUUUGCACAUAUUCACUAAAUUUGAAUUUACCAUUGAUACAUUACCUUUCCUUUAACAACACUCAGUAAGCAUUUGGGAACUAAGGACACUAAUUGUUUAAACUUUCUAGGUGGUAUUCUUUCACAUUUUUGCUUGAUAUAUAGUUUUUUUUUCAUGUUGUAUUUUGCACUUCAUAAUGUGCCACAUUUUCAAUGCACAUCUGUGAA